CGUGAUAGUAGUCUAGUUGGCUGGCAGUGGCAAACCGGUCUGCGUCAGUCAAACUCCGCAGAAAACAGAACCCCGAACUCACAGUACCAUACGAUUAAUAAAUACCCAGCUACCGUACAAACCGCAGAAGAAAAUACUGUUCGUACAAAUGAACAGCUCAACGAGACCUUUUCGCUACUUUUAAGCUGUUUCCCAAUCUACCACGGCGACCAGUAGGCGAGGAAAAGUUCGCAUUGAACAGAAGCGGUCCCGUUUGAAAGGCUUGGCAGGGUCAUGGUUAGAGCUGAAGUUAGUGGAACCUUUAGCAUAACCGGAACGCAAGAUGAGCCUCGACACCCUCCUGGAAGCCGCCAAGUACCUCGAACUGCAAGAAAUGAUGGAGAAACAGAGCAAGGCGGCCCUGUCGACCACCGCGACCGUCGUAACCACCGCCAACGGCCUGGUCGCGCACCCGGUCCUCCAGAAGCCGAUCACCAACAUCGCGCCGCUGAACCAACAGACGUUGGUGAUUACCUCCCACCUACCCGGAGCCGCGCAGAGCGUCAUACACGCGCCCGCGUCCUCCACCGAGACCACCAACCUCCUGGACAAGAAGGCGGAGACCAUGAACCGCACCAGGUUCAUACACAACAGCUUCGACAUCAUCAACCCCCUGUACAUAGACGAGAAGAGCAACGUGGCCAAGCGAAAACCGCCCCCUCUGGUGUUCAGGGCGGGCACUAGGGAGGUGCACAACAAGCUGGAGAAGCACCGGAGGGCCCAUCUGAAGGAGUGCUUCGACAUCUUGAAGAAACAGUUACCAGCCUCCCCCGACGAGAAGAAGACCUCCAAUUUGAACAUACUACAUUCAGCUAUAAGGUACAUCCACAUACUGAGGAAGAAAGAGAGGGAUCUGGAGCAGGAAAUGGAGAGAUUGGCCAGGGAGAAGAUCUCGUGGCAGACCAAGUUAGCGCUACUCAAAAAGGACCUGUCCUCUCACUACGAGAACAUAGACUUCAACAGACUCCUUGCAGAGGUCGUACCUACCGCUCCAGAGGGCAACCGUAGGGAUUCGGAGACCGAGUCUAGCGUGGUCGACAUGAAAGACGAGGAUUCGAGGACGGAAUUGGUGGAGGAGCAGCAUCCGCACCACUCCCUGUUGACCACGAACGGCGUGAAAAAACUGUCGUUGCCCAUAUUGCCGAGCAAGAGUCAGGGACCAGUGUCGAGCACCGUUACUUCCCUGAAAGAAGUACAACAGCCUGUUCAGACUGCUCUGUCCGUUGUACCUGUCGGAUAUCCGCUUAACCAGGGAUUGGUACUUCAGAAAUUAGCAAUAGUACCCAAGGGCAUCACUGACCUCACGCCUUUGGUACCUACUUUCAUAACGCAACAGCAACUCAACGGUAAAGUGGUGCCUCUUGUAAACGCUCAGUACGUAGUUGGGAAAUGCCCAUUGGUCGUUGUGAGCACUGCGAAUCCAAGACCGAGUUAGAACGAUAAAGUCUUCGAGGAAUGGUUAAGAUGUGGAUUUUAAGCAGCAGAAAAACUUCGCACAGUGUUAAAUUGUUAAUUUUCGACUGUAAUUCGUUUUUCAGUUGGUAUGAAACUGCCUUCUACCUCACCGUACUUUCAAACGAACUGAAAAAUGAUAGCCCCCCAUGCGACUUGUAAACGAGCUACCAUUACUCAAUGGUACUCUUGUAGAUAUUAUGUUGUAUAUAAUCCUACAAAGUCGCACAGUUGAAAUUGUUUCGAAGAGAAAUCAAUUAUAAACGUUCAUGGAUAAUCAUAUUCUGAACUUUUGUUACAUUUGUUAACUGUUUUUAUGUUAACUCUUAUUUUGAGGAUAUCUCUCUAAUGGCUGGUUCCACAAUAUUCGAUUCAUUAAUUUUUCAUUUCACUACGAUUUUUCUCGGGUACUGUGGCAUUGAAUGCUACCCGUAAAAAUCCAAUAAAUAAUUGAUUUAUUUAUUUAUACUUUCCAGUGCUUGAUUUCGCCAUCAAACUAUUUUGAAACCAGCCAUGCACAUUUCUGUACUAAAUUUUCGAAAAAAAAAAUAAAAAAUUAAAGCUAAUAAUAGAUCCGUAUCUGAUUUGGCUGUGAAAAUUCAAAAAUUUAAUUGGAAUAAAUUUGUUAUUUACCCUUUUUUGGUCAGUUUCGCAUUUUGAACUGGUUAAGUGAAAUUAUGACCUUUGUCGAUUGUGUUUCACUCGUUUUUGAUGUUUUAUUUAAUUUAAGAGUUUAAAAAAACGUUACAGUUGAGUUUACUUUCUAGUCUUAAAUUUUGCACGUCAUUUUCAGGUUUUUCUUGUGUCGUUCAAAAUUGAAAAAAAAAAAAUUAAAAACCUAUCAGUAGGUUCUGUUUAGUUUCGGAGAAUACGAACAAAAAAAAAUCGAAUUUCUUAACGAAUUUCGGCUUAAACCAAAUUUCCACCAAUCAAGCCUUUUUCUUGAGAGCUGGACGAUUGUUUUGCGUCAAAAUUGCCAACAAAAUUUUAAAACACGACGGAAAAUUGAGAUCUAGCUUCGCUAAAUUAUUAUUUUUUUUUAGAAUAAAGUAUAUUUUAAUGUUUUAAUCAAAUCUUAUUUAUUAUGUCUUCUAUAUUUUAUCUAUACUAAAAGCAAUUUAGUAAUCGUUAGCCUGAUUCUCAUGUCCCGCAAUUGCUUGAACCGUUAUUUUACAAGACCUUUUUUAUCACCUUCCGGCUCAUUCAAUAUGGGAGUAAAUGACCAGUAUAAAACAUUUCAAAUUUCAUCUUGAUGAUAAAAGUAUUUUAUUUUCACGAAGUAGUUUCCAUAUUCCAACAGGCCUCGAGAAAGAUGAAAAAAAAGGCUCUACAGUGAAAUAUCGAUCUUUGAAGUUACGGGAUAUUAGAAAAAGGUCAAUGAAAUAUGCCAAUACUGUGCAAAGUUCUUUCAAUAAGGUAGGGAACAGAUAUUUCAAUAUUAUCUUCGAUCGGAACCGUUUUGAAUUAAAUUCCCAUAAAAAUUAAAUCGGUUCCGAUGUCGCAUGAAAACUGAGUGAAACAUCAACUUAAUUUUCAUGAAAUUAACUUUGGAUUGUGAUAAAGUGGUGAAUUUUGCCAGGUUGAAAAAAUAGAUCAGUCUAUGUUGUCUUUCGACUGAAGAUAUGUUACUUUUAAUAUCCGAAUUGAAUGCAAGGUAUGGUAACUGUCCUUCCCAGAUCUCCAAAAUGUAUUAUUUCCUUAGUUUUUAGCCUUAAUUUAAUUAAAGUUUAUAUUGUAAAUAUUCAAAGUUUUAAGGAGAAAACAGAGGUGUAUGAACUUUUACAAUGAAGGAUUGGAAAAUUUACUAAAAAAAAAAUUUAUUUUAACAUACUUUUUAGCAAUACAAUUCUGUUGUUAGUGAUCUAUUUUUUUUUGUAUAUAGUUAGGAUUCUGUAUAUAUUGAUGGAAGAGUAAUUUUGCCAAUCAUCUGUAAAUACUUGACUGUACUGAAUAUUUCAGUAUAUAAUUUAAAAAAAGAAAAAUAAAAAUAUAAAAAUCG